AUUUUAUUUGACCAUUUUAUUUCGUGACAGUUCGUGCUUAAUGCUUCCGAAAUAAAAUGCAAAUAAAAUGAACAAGCGACACGUUCGGCACGCACAUAGCGGCGCUUGAAAUCUCCUAAGCGAGGCGCAGGUGUUUGGACUGUGCUCACCGGCGCACGCGUCGUUGAAACACGUUCACGCCACCAUGGCAGAUAGUUCCCCGCACGCCAUAACGUCCCUCGAAGCACUUGCCGUCAUCCUACUGGCCGAUGCAGAGACACCGGAUGACCAACUAUUUGCAGCAACCAUUUCACUGCAAGCACUCGAUGCAUAUCUGCCCCAUCGACUGAUCGUACAUGGGCAGCAUAUUUUCUGGGGUGUUGUGGUGACCUUGCACCCAGUCGGCAUUUCGGCAGCUCUCUCUCAUAUCAAACUCCGUACUCGAUACAGUAUGCCGAUUGUGAAAUAAAAUGGCAAAUAAAAUGGCUACUCAAUAAGGUGCCUAUUUUAUUUGUUGACUGUCAUCAUGCUUA